CACACGCACUCAGACACAAUCUGCCUUACACACUGGCUCUGGAGCGCUGACAUGAGCAGACUGGCACUGGUGCUGUUUCUCCUCCUGGACUACCCCAUCCUGCAGGAGUCUGCCAAGAUCCUCACCCUAUGCCUGCUAGGAGGGAGCCAUUACUUGCUUCUGGAUGAGGUUUCACACACCUUCCACCAGAGAGGCCAUGAAGUGCAAAUGCUGGUGCAGAUGGGAAACCCUGUCAUCCAAGGCUUUGAGUAUGUUGGACGUCCCAACAGCUACAAAAUCACCACAUGGUCAACAAGUGAGAGCUACAUCAAGGAAUACAAUGCAUGGUUCCUGGAGCGGCAAAAAGAUUUUCUCUUAGGCAGGGACAGAUUCAGUGACUUCCUACACUUCAUGGGCCACCUUGCCUACCAGUGCGACCUCAUCCUCAGCGACACUGGCCUGAUGGACAGCUUGCGGAGGGAGAACUUUGACCUGGCCAUCCUGGACGCCUUCAUGCCCUGCACCUUCCUGCUGGCCCACUCCCUGGGCCUGCGCUAUGUGGCCUUCUACCCCGGCAGCCUCAGUGGUCCCCUCACCGUCAGCCUCCCCCGCCCCCUCUCCUACGUGCCAGUCUUCAACUCCCAGCUGUCAGACCGCAUGGGCUUCUGGGGCCGCGUGAAGAACGUGGCCUGGGGCCUAGUGUCCCCCGUCGCCGAGCGGCAGAUCCAAGAUCAGUUCAGAGAGGUGGGAGAACGGCACUUUGCCACUCCCCCUUCCCUCCCCGAGCUGUACAGUCAGGCGGAGCUCUGGGCCUUCAACACCGACUUCUCCCUGGAGUUCCCCCAGCCUCUCUUGCCCUACACCGUGUGCGUCGGAGGGAUGCUCUCCAAACCGCCCGCUCCUGUGCCUCAGGAGCUGGAAGACUUUAUCUCAGACUAUAGUGAAGUGGGGUUUGUGGUGGUGACCCUGGGAUCCAUGUUGUCCACCGUAUCCCAAGAGCACAUCCUGCAGGAGAUGAAUGCAGGUUUUGCUGGGGUCCCCUAUGGGGUGAUCUGGAGGUACGACCCCUCACGCUGGCCACCUCACCUGCAGCCUGCUCCUAACAUCAAGCUGCUGAAAUGGCUGCCACAGAAUGACCUGCUGGGACACUUAAAGGCUUGUUUGCUGGUGACCCACGGGGGCCAGAACAGCCUUCUGCAGGCAGUGUACCAUGGAGUCCCUGUGCUGGGGAUCCCCCUCUUUGGGGACCAGUUUGAUAACCUGGUACGCGCUGAAGUGAAAGGCUUGGGUCUGGUUCUGAAAGCCACUGAGCUGAAAAGAGAGGUCCUCAGCUCCACAAUCCAGCGACUCAUAGAGGACACAAGGUUCAAGGCUACGGCUACGGCCCUCAGCAGGAUCCAUCAGUCCCAGCCCCUCGCCCCAGGGCCACGGCUGGUGCACUGGGUGGAGCACAUCCUGCACAGUGGAGGGGGGUCCCACCUGCGGCCCCGGUCCCUCCAGCAGCCCUGGUACCAGCGUUGGCUGCUGGACGUGGCCCUUUUUCUGGCUCUGGUGCUGCUCGGGAUCCUGGGCCUGGGGGCUCUGGCUGUGCGCUGUGUGUGCCGUACCCAAAAACUCAAAGUCAGUUAAGUCAGUGCGCCAUUACUACAACAAUGUGAAGCGUGCAGAGAUAUUAAAGGUACAAUAGAUAAGAUUUUUGUGUUAAAACAUUGAUACAAGACCAUUGUAAAUCCCUUCCUAUCACUGAAAAAGGCUCACUGACAUGCUGACUCACCCUCUGCCUGUGUUUAUAGUCCUUAAAUUCGGGUUUCAAAAUAUGCUGUUGACGGACCAACACACAGCCAAUGGCGUUUCAACGUCAGCACCUUCACAGAGAAGGGGGAGGGAUGAACAGUGUUGUGGUUUGAGGGUGCGUAUUGCUGCAAUUCCUCUCUUGACCGUUCAAAGUCUGAAAUGACCUAUCGUACCUUUAAUGAUAUAACAUCCAGUAUAUCUGUACAUCUGUACACACAAUACAACAACUGGAGUGUA